CACCCAGUUGUCCAUCAAACUCCAACCUGCUUCGUGAGAAACAACAGCAACAAGUGCUCAGUGUAGGCCAAAAGGGGUCGGUCGCCGUCACUGCGUACCAUUAGAGCGUGCUGCUUUCCUCUGCCCACUACAGCUAGAGAACAAUCAUGGCGUCGUCACCUCCUCGCGCAACAACCUCUCCCGGUAGGUUCCCAAGUAGUCCGACGCAUCAAGCGUUCACGGACAUCAAAUCUUCGGUCGGUGAACAAGUGGACUCGCGCAAAACCACAGCUCCAUACACAGUCUUCGGCAGUGGCACACGUCCACGUACGCACAAUGGAUCCAAAUCUCCAGGCCCCGGUGCGUACCAGAUUCCUUCGUCCAUUGGCAAGCCAGUGCUGUCCACGAUGGCCAUGGCCCCCUCAUGCUCCAUCAGUGGCCGUGAAAAGUUUGGCUCGACCGCCGACCUCAAGACCUCUGCUAAAUUUCCAGGACCUGGUGACUACAACACACACAUCGUGAACCCACGUGAGCGAGCAGCUCCAAGCUAUUCGCUUGGCAAGAAGUGGUCUCCGAUGGCAGGUGACAAGAAAUUCCCGGGUCCAGGCGCUUAUGAGUCGAGUCCUACAAUUGGACGCACAGUUCUUUCGACGCAGAAGUCGAACCCGGUGUCGUCAUUCCCCAAGGUAGAGCGAAAGCCGCUGAACGCAUCUAGCACUGCAGACGUUGGUCCUGGCCAAUACGGCGUCGUCGUCGAGGCUGUGGGUCGUCAGACCGUCUCGACGGUUCAUUCGGCUGCAGCGUUCUCCUUCGGUACUGAGGCGCGUAGUAGGACAAGUCGAUCUGCUGCCGACAGAAUUGGAUCCAAGUACUACGACCCCAGGAGCUCUGUUGGCACUCAGGUCGAGUCCACAUAUCGCACGGCUCCUAAGUGCUCCAUGUCUGGUCGAACCAAGUUCGGCAGCCACUUCUAACUCGUUAAUAUCGCGACUUUAGCAGAGAUGGCUGACAACCGAAACCUGAACAAUCCACAGUAGACGCGACGCUCUUUCUCCAUU